AUGGAGAGCCGGUUUUGGCUAUGGGAGAACUUGCUGUUGCUUAUAAUUAUACUAAGCCAGUCCUCUGUGGCCAGUCUGGUGGGCCAGCCCUCCGUCGCCAGUCAGGUGGGCCAGCCCUCCGUCGCCAGUCAGGUGGGCCAGCCCUCCGUCGCCAGUCAGGUGGGCCAGCCCUCCGUCGCCAGUCAGGUGGGCCAGCCCUCCGUCGCCAGUCAGGUGGGCCAGCCCUCCGUCGCCAGUCAGGUGGGCCAGCCCUCCGUCGCCAGUCAGGUGGGCCAGCCCUCCGUCGCCAGUCAGGUGGGCCAGCCCUCCGUCGCCAGUCAGGUGGGCCAGCCCUCCGUCGCCAGUCAGGUGGGCCAGCCCUCCGUCGCCAGUCAGGUGGGCCAGCCCUCCGUCGCCAGUCAGGUGGGCCAGUCCUCCGUCGCCAGUCAGGUGGGCCAGUCCUCCGUCGCCAGUCAGGUGGGCCAGUCCUCCGUCGCCAGUCAGGUGGGCCAGUCCUCCGUCGCCAGUCAGGUGGGCCAGUCCUCCGUCGCCAGUCAGGUGGGCCAGUCCUCCGUCGCCAGUCAGGUGGGCCAGUCCUCCGUCGCCAGUCAGGUGGGCCAGUCCUCCGUCGCCAGUCAGGUGGGCCAGUCCUCCGUCGCCAGUCAGGUGGGCCAGUCCUCCGUCGCCAGUCAGGUGGGCCAGUCCUCCGUCGCCAGUCAGGUGGGCCAGUCCUCCGUCGCCAGUCAGGUGGGCCAGUCCUCCGUCGCCAGUCAGGUGGGCCAGUCCUCCGUCGCCAGUCAGGUGGGCCAGUCCUCCGUCGCCAGUCAGGUGGGCCAGUCCUCCGUCGCCAGUCAGGUGGGCCAGCCCUCCGUCGCCAGUCAGGUGGGCCAGCCCUCCGUCGCCAGUCAGGUGGGCCAGCCCUCCGUCGCCAGUCAGGUGGGCCAGCCCUCCGUCGCCAGUCAGGUGGGCCAGUCCUCCGUCGCCAGUCAGGUGCUCCAGUCCUCCGUCGCCACUCCACUUGGCCAGCACUCUGUUCCCUCAGUGGAAUCAGACCAGCGGAGCCUCCCACGUGGUGCCCAUCAGGAGACUGACUGGAAGAGCGAAGGGUAUCUUGCAGUGACGGUCACUUCCAGCAGGACGCGAGUAACUGUGGCUGUUAACCAAAAUGUGGUUGUGGAGGUCGACGAUGGGGCGGCGAACGGCACGGAUGAAGUUGCGAACGCCGGGCUGUAUUUUGUUCUGGUGAACCAAUACGACGGUAGUGUGAUAAUGAACAGGAAGUUCAACGUUCACAAGUACGCAGACAGCUUGGGUCUGCCCUCCCUGCUGGCCUCCGUCUCCAGGGACAGAGUGAUGAUAUUCGCUGUUAAAACUGAUGCGGGUCUCAACAUGCCUAGAGGGGUGAGACAGCUGCUGCAGGAGCUGGGGUCCCUCAGGGCGCACCGUCUGCCCUUCAGGGGUUUCAUGGCAUGGGUCCUCAUGUCCUGGGGGCGCUCCUUGGGGGAGGCGCUUGUUGACCGGUCAGGGACCUCCCCUGGCGAGUGGCUCAACUCUCCCAGGACCUCCACACAUCAGGGCUUGUUUGACUUGAUAGAGGAAAAUGGCGACGUCUUCGCCUCUCCUGUACACCUGGAGGUCACACUGCCGCUAGUUAACCAAGACUGCUGGAGGGACCGAAGAGGCAAGGAAGGCGAGCGAGCCAGGUUCUGCCGGAUGUUUGACGGUUACGGAGACCUGUGUAGCUGCGACCAUCCGGCUCCCCUGACCUACCCGACCUUACAGUUAAAGAACAGUGUUAUUGAGGAUGUUCCCGUAGCCGUCAUCGCCAGCUCCAGGCCCCAGGCACUCUACAGGUGCCUGGUGACGGUGCUGAGGCAGGAGGGGGGAGACAGAGGGCGGGUCUUGGUGCUCAUUGACGGCAACAACAACCAGAUGGUUCAGCUUCUGACCCUCCUACAGGUCAACUACCAGAUACACAACAUGGAGAGCGAGAGCUUCGUCAGCAGCUCUGCGCGCAUUUCCCUCCACUACCGCUUCGCUCUCCAGGCGGUGUUCGCCGCCUUUCCCGCCGCUUCCAGAGCCAUUAUCCUCGAGGAGGACAUACUGGCCGCCCCGGACUUCUUCAGUUACUUCAACCAGACCUCUUGGCUCCUGGACGCGGACCCCAGCCUCUUCUGCAUCAGUGCCUGGAAUGACCUGGGUGCGCUGCACACUGCCAGGCACCCUUCCAGGCUGUACAGGGUGGAGACCCACGCCGGGUACGGCUGGAUGCUCACCAGGAACUUCUUCGACGAGAUCUACCCGAAGUGGCAGAGCUCCCGCAAGAAGCACGACUGGGACAUCUGGCUUCGCAGCACGCAGAUCAGAGCCGGCCGGGAGUGCGUGGUGCCUGAUGUCUCCCGCACCUUCCACAACGGGAUAUCCGGCACCCAUAUCAAAGGGGUCUUGACCCACGCCUACUUCACCGCCCAUCCUGUCACCGCUACUCGCGCCCUUCGUCUCCACCAUGUUCAUAGGCUGCAGCUGAUGGAGUACGAGGAGGACCUCUACCGGACCCUCGAGGGCGACAACGUGUUCUUCCUUAACAAUAUCAAGCAUCCCUGCAGUAAGGCUUAUCUCCCCAGGAACUUUACGACGGGUCCAGUGGUGGUGUUCCUCACCAUGACGAGCAAAGAUCACCACAACGGCUGGAAGAAGUUUGCCAGCUGUAUGGGCGUGUGGGGCAUGGACCAUCGCUCCCAUCACCGAGGACUCUUCCGCAUGACCUUCUACCACACAGAGCUCUACAUCAUUGGGUACCCCUACAGUGACUACAGCUACCUGAAGCCAUCGUGGGUACAUGUCAUCACACAGCUCAGAGAGGAGGAGGAAAUUACACUGGGGCGCAGGACGCUGGAGAACAGGGCCAGGUUCAGGAGGGUGGAGCUAGAGCACUUGUCUCCUUAUCUACUUACCGAAGGUUCUACACCGGACCCAAUCUUUUACCGCUAGUGAGUAUGAAAGGGUUGCAUAGCCAUCAAAGAAAAAGAUAAAUAGCAGAUUAAAUGACCACUAGGAAAGAGAGUUCCUGAAAUGUUUGCUUGACUUCAUCUGUAUGUAAAUUGGAAUAUAAAGGAGCAACAGUCUCAAGCUCAACAAGCCACAAUGAAGGAUGGAAACCAGGAGAUGCUUUUUCACCCAUAGUUAUAAAUCCAUGGAAUCACCUACCUGCCAAAGCAGUAAAUGCCAAAACAAAGCUGAAUUCCAAAAUCCAGCUUGACAAAAUCAUUAAGGCAAUUGGGAGGAUUUUCGACAAAUCACUGGCUUCCUGUCCUCAUUGAAGCCAUUAUAAAUAGUGGCCCUUAUCUUGAGAUGAUUUCGGGGCUUAGCGUCCCCGUCCUCGACCAGGCCUCCUUUUUGUUACACAC